UUUCUUGUUCUCUCACUAGAAAAUAGUCCCUUGCUGACCCUUCCUCCUUCCUGCCCUUGCACUGCAACACCAAUGGUGCUGAACUGUCUAGCUCUUCUUCCACAAAGCCCCACUACUUUCAAACCUUCUUUUAUCUCUCAUCACCCAAUUCCAUGCCUGCGCUUCUCAGUCCCUCAAAUUCGCAAUCUGAAUCAAAGGAGAAACAGAAGAAAUGUUGUGGUUUUUGCAGAAGACAAUGGGGUUGAAGAGGAAAAACGAAAUGGGGACGAAAACGGCGGGAAGAGGUUGAAAGGCGAUGAAGGGCCCAGAUUUCAGCUCAGGUGGCGGGAACUGCUGGACCCAGAUCCUCAGAACAUCCUGGCCGUUGGAUUGACUGGCCUUCUCACUUGGGCAAGCGUUCAAGUCCUUUGGCAACUCUUCUUUAUCUCUCUGGCCAUUCUUGUGGCCGCUCUCAAGACGUUAACAAAUUUGGCAACAGCGCAUCAUCGAGUCCAAGCCAAUCACGGGCUUCCAGAUAGGAACACGCGAGGAUUCUGCAACAUCAUCAUCGUCAAGCCUUUUCCCAACUAAUUGAGUCGGCUACACCAAUCUUGGUCCACCAUUCUAUUCUAUUAAGGGCCAUACCCUACGCGGAUUCUUCAAAAUAAGUAGAAGAAUCAUCAACUUCAAUUUACAGAAUAAGAUAUUGAUACCUAUAUUUUUUGUUUUUUUGAUGCAGUUCUAGUAUUCUUGCAUCUUAACUAAUGUU